AUGGGUAGAAUCGAGUCUCUUGACGCCGUGCGUCAUGCGAAGCGCACAAAGCUACUCGAUGAAGGCUCUGACGACGAAGUCAAGACCGGUUCUGGUAAUGGCUUCAAGAUCAACGAGGAAUUCGCCAAACGAUUCGAGUAUAACAAGAAGCGCGAGGAGAAGCAGCAACUUGAGGAGAAGUAUGGCGCAUCUUCUUCCGGCAAGCGGAAACGCGGCGACGAUGAAGGUAGCGAAGAGGAAUCAUCGACCGACGAGGACGAGGACGACGAUGCAGAGUUGGCGACUGCGGACGUGGACGAAGAGAUCAUGGCGACAUUGAAUGCAAUCAAGAGCAAAGACCCAAGAGUGUAUGACACGAAUGUUAAGUUCUAUCGAGAGUUCGACCCGGAGACUGCUGGGAAGGACACAGAGAAAAAAGAGAAGCCCAUGUACCUGUCGGAUUACCAUCGACAGAAUCUGUUGGCCGGGAACGCUGGGGUCGAGGAAGAGGAUGAGGAAGAGCCGAGAGUACAGACUUUCCAAGAAGAACAGGAUGAGAUGCGACGAGAACUGGUCGGAUCCAUGCAUGCUCUGGCCAACUCCGAAGACGAUGAUGCUGAGGAAGACGAUAUGCUGGUCGCGAAGAAGAAGCAAACUCACGACAACCUGCCUGUUAAAUCGAAGCCCAAGAAGACGAAGAAGAUCACAGAGAAGGAUAUCGAAGAAGCGAACAAGGACCCUGAGACGUUCCUCUCAAACUUCAUGGCUGCGCGAGCUUGGCUACCUGGAGAAGGAUCACGCUUCCAGCCUCUCGAGUCCGACGAUAGCGAAGACGAAAAGAAAGCCGACGAAUUCGAAGAGGCUUACAACCUACGAUUCGAAGACCCCGCCGCAAACGAGAAGCUCAAGUCCUUCUCUCGUGAUGUUGGCAAGUAUGGUGUACGAAGAGAAGACAAGAGUGGUAGACAGAAGGCUCGAGAGCGUGAAAGAGAGCAGAAAGAGGCCGAGAAAAGGGAACGUGAGGAGGACAGGGCGCGACUACGGAAGCUGAAGGUUGAGGAAGCCGAGCAAAAGGUCAAGCGUAUCAAGGAAGCCGCUGGCUUGCGUGGUAAAGAACUGAAUCUGGAUGAGUGGCGAGAUGUCAUUGAAGGUGAUUUUGAUGACGAAAAAUGGGAACAAGAGAUGAAGCGGCGGUUUGGUGAAGGAUACUAUGCAGAAGACGACGCCGGGUUUGGGUCAGAUGACGAAGAAAAUGAGAAGUCCAAGUCUCGCAAGCCCAAGAAACCUGAAUGGGACGACGAUAUCGACAUCAAGGAUCUGGUCCCGGAAUUUGAAGACAAGCCAGACAUCACUCUUUCUUCCGAUGAAGAAGACGGCGGAGCUCCCCUGCCAGCCGGCUCUCUUGAGGACGAAGCAGCAGUUAGACCCAAGAAGAAAACCAAGAAAGAUCGGGAAAAGGAAAAGACUGAAGCGAAGCGCGCGGCCCGCAAAGAACGUCUAAAGAUUGAAGAGAUGGUCGAUGCGUCUCUGCCUCUGCACGACCCUAAUAUCACCGCGGCCUCUUCAUCGAAAGCUCCAGUCGUUGGAUUCCGCUAUCGAGAGACAUCACCUAGUUCCUUUGGAUUGAGCGCAAGAGAUAUCCUGUUUGCAGACGAUGCCCGACUGAAUGAGUAUGCUGGUCUAAAGAAAAUGGCUGCGUUCAGAGACCCAGAGAAGAAGCGUCGCGAUAAGAAGAAAUUCUCCAAAAAAGCAAGGCUGAGGCAGUGGCGGAAAGAGACUUUUGGGCAGAUCGACGAGCCUACCGGCGGAUUCGAGCGCAUCUUGGGCGGCGCUCCUGCUGGACACGGUGCCGCCAUGUCGAAGGAUGAAGGUAAUGCAAAAGACGGGGCGAGGAAGAAGAAGCGUAGCAAGAAGAGGAAAGGCGAGGAUGGCAAGGCUGUGGAAUCAUGA